AUGUUCACAGGAUUGCUUGUUUAUGUGGAUGAUGUUAUUCUGGUUGGUAGUAGUCUCUUAGAGUUUCAAAUGGUUAAGGAUUCUCUACAUUCAGCAUUUGGCAUUAAAGAUCUAGGUGUUUUGAAAUAUUUUCUUGGCCUAGAAGUAGCUCAUUCUACCUCUGGAAUCUCAUUGUGUCAAAGGAAAUACUGUUUGGAUUUGCUUCAAGAAAUUGGAACUCUUGGUAGUAAGCCAGUUUCCACUCCAUUGGAUCCAGCUCUCAAGUUAACACUUGAUCAAGGAAAACCUUGUGAAGAUGUCAUGGGAUAUCGCAGAUUGGUAGGAAGAUUGUUGUAUUUGACACACACUAGACCAGAUAUUUCUUUUGCAACACAGCAACUGAGCCAGUUCAUGAGCCAACCUACUGAUAUGCAUUACACAGCAGCACUUAGAGUUUUAAAGUACUUGAAAGCAUCUCCAGGACUUGGUUUGUUCUUUCCUAGGAACACUCCACUCACUUUACAAGGCUAUUCAGAUGCAGAUUGGGCAGGUUGCUUGGAUACGAGAAGGUCAAUAUCAGGCUACUGUUUUUAUCUUGGUAAUUCACUCAUAUCUUGGAAAGCAAAGAAGAAGGUCACAGUAUCCAGGUCUUCUAGUGAAGCAGAAUAUAGAGCUCUUGCCUAUGCCACUUGUGAACUACAAUGGCUACUUUACUUGUUGAAAGACUUGAGAAUUUCUUGUCUUAAAACACCUGUUUUGUUUUGUGAUAGCCAAAGUGCUUUGCAUAUUGCUGUCAAUCCAGUGUUUCAUGAAAGGACUAAACACUUGGAAAUUGACUGCCAUGUUGUCCGAGAGAAGUUGCAAGCUGGAGUUGUCAAGCUAGUGCCUAUUCCAACUGCCUUGCAAGUUGCAGAUAUCUUCACUAAACCUUUGCAGCCUCGGAUCUUUUAG